AUGUACACCCCAUACCCUCGCUAUCUGUUUGUAGACGGAUAUAAUUCUUGGACACCCAGCGCAAUGCCUCUGUUAGCCGCAACCCUCGUCAUCGCACUGACACCGACCGAGUCCAAUGCAGGGAGCACCUGCACAGCGCCUGGUUACGCCAUUAACCCAGUGCUUGGAUGUAUCAAGCUCUACACAUUCAGAUCACCAGCAGCAACUAUCAGUGUAAUGGCAGCUCAAUGUGCUAGUGAUGGCGGAGAACUCCUUCUCGUUAACUCAGAGGCAGAAAAUACUGCACUUGUCAAUUUUAUGAUUUCAGACUCUAACGGAGUGUUCAGUGUCGGCAUACAAGGGUCAAGGGUCACUGUUACUGACCCCUGGCUCACGGAUGCUGGAGAGCCUCUCCCCUACAUAGGCAAUAUACCAGGAACAUCGAACAUAGCAGGUCUAACUAGACUUAUGGCAAGGUUUGACAACACGUGGUUCUCUUUGAAUUCUGCUUUCCUGCUUGACCAAUGCGUUUGUGAAAUAUUGUAAUGAAAUUAUGUAAAUACCACUCUGUUAAUUUUCCCCAAUAGAGAAAAUUUCAAACAAUAUAUGGGUACCAUGUUUUUCUAUCCAUAUUUUGUUAUGUUAGAAUGA